CCCCAAAAAAAAAAAAAAAAAAAAAAGAAGAAGAAAAGAAAGAAAGAAACAGCAAAUUCUUGCAUUGAGCCUUUUCUUAUUUGUUAUUAUUAUUACAACAUUAAAAAUGUCACUCACAAUCAAGCUACAUCAUGUUAAUAGUGCAUCAGCACAAGGCCAUGCGACAACAUCAAUCAAGAAAAGCGGUUACAGCACCAAAUUCCAUUCAAAGCCCAUAUACCACUCCAACCCUUUAGCCCCCCUUGUGAUUUCUCACCAAAAAAUGCAAUCUUUGUCAUCUUCUUGUUCAAGAAACGGUCUUGCGGUGAAGAGUUCUUUGAUAGAGCCUGAUGGGGGGGCGUUGGUGGAUCUUGUUGUGCCUGAGAGCAAAAGGGGUGUGAAGAUUUCUGAGGCUGAGGCUCUGCCCAAGGUGAAAUUGACCAAGAUUGAUCUUGAGUGGGUUCAUGUGGUAAGUGAGGGUUGGGCAAGCCCAUUGAAGGGGUUUAUGAGGGAAAAUGAGUAUUUGCAGAGCUUGCAUUUCAAUUCUUUGAGAAUGGAAAAUGGCAGUUUGGUUAACAUGUCACUGCCUAUUGUGUUGGCUAUUGAUGAUGAGGUUAAGGAGAAAAUUGGAGGCUCUGGUAAUGUUGCAUUGGUUGGGCCUGAUGGUGAUUUAGUUGCCAUUCUUAGCAGUAUUGAAAUAUACAAGCACAACAAAGAAGAAAGAAUUGCUAGAACAUGGGGAACCACAGCUCCAGGACUACCAUAUGUUGAGGAGGUAAUUACUCCGGCUGGAAAUUGGCUCAUUGGUGGAGACCUGGAAGUGCUGAAGCCCAUCCAAUACAAUGAUGGUCUUGAUCACUACAGGCUUUCUCCUCAACAACUGCGCAAAGAAUUCGAUAGACGUCAGGCGGAUGCAGUUUUUGCUUUUCAGCUGAGAAAUCCAGUACAUAAUGGUCAUGCUUUGCUAAUGAACGAUACUCGUCGGAGACUUUUGGAAAUGGGUUACAAGAACCCAAUUCUUUUGCUUCAUCCAUUGGGAGGUUUCACAAAGGCUGAUGACGUCCCUCUUGAUGUCCGCAUGGAACAACACAGCAAGGUACUUGAAGAUGGGGUUCUUGACCCUGAAACUACCAUCGUGUCUAUUUUCCCAUCACCAAUGCACUAUGCAGGACCAACUGAAGUACAGUGGCAUGCGAAAGCACGAAUAAAUGCAGGGGCCAAUUUCUACAUUGUGGGUCGGGAUCCUGCUGGUAUGGGCCACCCGACAGAGAAUAGGGACUUGUACGAUCCAGAUCAUGGGAAGAAGGUGCUAAGUAUGGCACCUGGUCUUGAAAAGUUGAACAUUCUACCGUUCAGGGUGGCUGCAUAUGAUACUGUCGCUAAGAAGAUGGCAUUUUUUGACCCUUCUCGUGCUAAAGAUUUUCUCUUCAUCUCUGGAACCAAGAUGCGGACUUAUGCAAGAACUGGCGAAAAUCCUCCAGAUGGUUUCAUGUGUCCAGGAGGAUGGGAUGUCUUGGUCAAGUUCUACGAGAGCUUGCAGGCUGAGGAUUCUACACUGAAGCAGACUGUGCCCGCAUAGAGCAAUCAUUCUUUGAUGAAGUUUAAUGCAAGACAAUCUCAAUUGAAGUAGGAUUACUAUUCGAUUUUAGACUUGGAAAUUUUGCGCGAUAUCAUUCUCAUAUUGAGGUUAUGACUUCUUAGACGAGAAUCUGGCACAAUGACAUGCAUUAGUCAUGAGGUGUAACUAGUUGACAUCGGUCGCAAGUCAUGACCAUCAAAUUGCAUUUCAUUUUUACCUUGUGUGUUUCUUUUAUAUUCUGGAUGCAAUUCAUAAGCUUUAGCUAUGAUAACUGUUUCUUUAGA